CAAUAUCAUUAUAUAUAGAUACACUGUAUACUAGUUGCACAAAUGGAGAUUACUUGUAAGCAACCUGCAGUAGGUGUCAUCUGAGCAAUUUGCGUCACCCAUCGGUUUUUAAAACCGCAUACAGAAGAAGUCUUGCAGACGUUGAACAUUUUUCUUUAGUAAUCUACUAAGGAUUAGACUUGCAUAUCUUCCGUCGACAUCCAUCUAGACCCAAAGUAUAGUCAGGCUGCAGGUAUCUUUGUGAUGGCACAAUAUGGGUUGCUAGAAGUAUACAAUGGAGAAAACGCGCAAGCUGACAUUGUCUUUUUACAUGGAUUACGGGGAGAUAGAGAGAAGACGUGGACAAAGAAUGGAGUCGUCUGGCCUAAAGAUCUGUUGCCCGAUGAUAUUCCAGCAUCUCGCAUCUUUCUCUUUGGUUAUGACACCAACAUCACACGUUCUGACCAGUCGGGUACCACCAACACUGAGAUCCAUAGUGAUGCCGAAGACGUGUGCGCGAAACUGGCAGCAGAGCGAUUAAGCACACAAACCGUCGACAGACCAAUUAUCUUCGUUGCUCACAGCCUCGGCGGCCUAGUAGCUGCGCAGAUCCUGGUUCACGGGGAGCAUAAACCUGAGAAUUCAUCAGAAGCAUCGAUUGCCAAGAAUAUCCGCGGGAUGGUAUUCUUGGGAACACCGUUCCGAGGAUCCUCAGUGGCGAGGCCCGCUGAAGUUGUUCGCAGAGUUCUUGGUCUUUUCAGGAUCGACACACAGCAGCAGACUUUGAAGCUUCUUGGUGUUGACUCUGAGCGUCUAGAUGAGCUCACGAGAGCAUUUCCGCAAGUUCUAAAUAAGCGCAGAUCCUCCAAAGACAUCGAGGAUAGGAUCGAAGCAUUUUUCUUCUACGAGACCCUGAAGACAAGAUUCGGUAUAGGAUCGGUUCAGAUCGUUGAAACUGAGUCCGCCAAACUUCAAGGAUGUGGUGAUGCGGCGCCUAUUCGCGCUGAUCAUAUUGGUAUCUGCAAGUUUGAGACGAAGGACUCUGAUGGCUAUGCUGCUGUUGUGGCGGCAAUUCGGAAAACCAUGAUACCACCUGGUGCAUUCCCAUCACAUGGCGGCGACCGGAUCAUCAAUAUACUUGGGAAAGCUGUAAAUGUUGCCAACGACAGCAUCAGUAUUGGCAGUCAAGUGAACUACCUCUAGUGGGCCGUGGGCCGCCUUUAUAUUAUCUAGGUGAAGGGAUAUACAUGGGGCCCAGAUGAAACCACGAGCCACGCUUUCAAUAUUACGAAGUCUGGGGCAUCAGAAUCUUCAUACACCCACCUGUGAAUCGGAAGGUUGAAAUCCUCCAGAAUCCAAACACACCCUUGUCAUCCAGGACCAGUAGUCUCUCUCCCUUACUUAAUAGUCACCCAAGGACAAGAGAAACCUUCUGAAGAUCUAAGCUUUCCCAAGCUGCUGCUAUCACUUCCCCACUUGCAACUCGAUAUGCAAUACCAUCCUUCCACUCAACCUAGAGCAUAAG